UAGCGGAGCGACUUGAAGCGUUGCCGAAUAUGCUGGGCUUUCGUCAAGCAGCAAGGGAUAUGACCUCCACCCCUGCGUCUGCGCAGUGAGUGUCGGCUGCUCAUCGGUGUUGUCGCUUUCGCUGGUUCUUCUUCUUUCUCAUGACUACACACCCCGGCUGCGCCAUUCGUUUCGCGGAGGGGUCGCUCGCUUGGUUUUGGUAGGUCGUCAGACAGUUUCAUUCAAUUCGACUCGCGUAGCGCUUAGGCUUGGAACAUCGAGGCAGGCUUUCCCCGGCCUAGACAAUGUGGGGCGGAGUGUUCUCAGAAGCCGUGGAGUGACCACUGGCUUGUGGUUUUUGGUGGAGAGCCAGCAGUGGGACGCCUUUGCUCAGGAGGGAAUUGGGUUUGGUAGGUCUGAAGCCCCUUGUCGUGAGGAGGGUCAUUCAUUGGCUUUGGUAGGUCUUCAGCCGGCUUGUGCUUGCUGCCGCUUUUUUUGUGAGAGUGUUUGUGUGACUGAGACAGAGAGAGACUCUUGGUGUUAGUGCGAGCGGCUUCUUUGGUUCCGUAGAUCUUCCGUAGACUCCGCAGAACCUUAUAUGUGUAACUUUUCCUACUUACAGAAACGACCAAAAAGGUCCCGGGAUUUGAGACCAUAAGACAGAAUUGUGGGGAGUAAUGUUCGCGCUCGCGGAUUCUUCUUACAUCAUGUCGCUCUUGCUUUCAAAAAGCAGGAAGCUAUUAACAGGGACGACUGUUGUGGUAUGUUCGCGUCCAUUCGUUGAUACGCAUUCUAGAGCGGGGAUAGGCUUCGUUGGUCUGCACGCUGACAGAGACAGGCGUGAGAUUGACUAGUCGGUUGGUAUCCUAUUGGCAUUUCAGGAAUGUCUGCCAGCUGCGCACGUACAUGUCUUCCUGAGAUGCUGAGUAUCAGGAUUUUUUCAGCAUUAGCUGUGCUCAGAUGAAGAGUGACAGGUUUUGAGGCAAAGGCAACGUCUGACGUCUGUUGAGCAUCACCUGUUGGAGUGGGUAGUGAACGUGACAGCUUCUUCGGUCGAUUCUGUGCAGUAAUUAUAUGCAGGAUGAAGAGAGAAAGGUGGAAGUAGAUAACUGAUGAAGUUCCAAGCGAAAUGCAAUUGUGCAAAAGCGAAGUCGUGGGAACAGCACGAUUGCAGAACAAAACAGAUGAAGUUGAAAACGAACAGGUACUUCUCUCAUGGUAGGUAUGUGUGACAGAAAAAAGGCUUACGCCAUGAUAGCAAACGAAAAUGAAAAAGCAGCGUAAUAUGAACCUGUACCUAAUCAACUUCAAAAUUCAUGACAUCGUGUUUCAGAAAAAAAUCAAUUGGAAUAUGUAGCACGCAUGCAAAGAGAGGCACUUAUCGCAACAGACAUUUUGAAGCUGGAGUAAGUGAAUCCAUCAUGAUCAUGUAACAUUACAACGAUGACAGGACCGAGCUUCAUAUCGUCAAGUAUAGUAUACUAUAGGCAAGUCCAUUUUUAGAAACAUGAUAAUGACUUGUUCAAAUACUGUGAAAAAAGAAUUAGAAGUGACGGGGACGGAGAACAGAGAGCACACCGAACGAUAAAAUACUAACACGGUCACGUGGUGACAGUGAGGAGACUGCCUCAACGUACGAAUCCGAUAAUCAAGAACGCUUAACCUUAAGGCGGCAGCGAGCAGAGGCGGCACGCGACCGACAUGAAUACGCUUGUGGACGACGAUCUCGCCCUGAACGAGGAGGAUGAACCCGCACACCUCGGUUACCGCUUGGCACCGGAUGAGGUCGACCUUGGCGCGGAUGUGGAAGCCAGGAGUUGGGAAUAUUGGUUGCAACUAUGUCUCAACACGAGUGACAUGCAUACGGUGCGGGCAUGGAGGCUCGGAACGGACGUCAAUGAACGCCGCGUCUUCAAAAAGCAUGCGCGGGAGCUGUACGCAGGUAGCGCAAUAAAGGGCUGCUGGCUUCCGGUGGAGGCGCUGCUCUCAUCUUCGGACGAAACGGAUUGCGUGCAUGAUGAAUCAUCGUCAACGUCCUCACCCGCUAUGAAGUUUUUGUUGGGCACAGAAAGCCUCUCGUUCGACCCGACGGCGAUAAAGUUUCCGCUUGGUGCUCUCAAUCGCAAGAGAGAUCGCUCGGCAACGAGAAGACAUGCUUUCGUGCUCGUUCACGUGGCGCCUGGCAAAACCUUCUCGGCACCUUCGGAGAGGACAGCUUCUACAGGACCAGACUCAACUUCUACAGGGCGAGGUCCGCAACAUGUGAUGCCGAGCUCGAUAAAUAGGAUGCAAGUUCAUCAACUUCAACAAAAGAACCCCAACUAUCAAGUCGGUGGUUCCUCAUCAUCCACUGCGCCAUCAGCUUUUCGCACUACAGCACGGCCCAGAAAGGCGGGAGCUUCUGGAGGUACAUCCGCAGAGAUCGCACGAUAUGACGACGAAUACAAGCAGAAAGAAUCUUCUAGAACCGUACUCGCGGCCAGUGCAUCCCCUGCCUCCAAAAAAAACCUGGCGUCAUGUGUAGGUCCAGGAGGCCGCAGCCAGAUUCUCAGAGUGCCUCCACCAGGUUACGACUCCACCUGUGAGAUCGAUGAGAAAAUUGAGACAUCGGGAGGUCGAGGUGGUGCUGUUCAUCCACCCGUAGUGAACGCGACCAACAAGCCGGCGGGUGUUUCCUCCUACAACACGAAGAUGAAAGAGCCGACUAGUACCUUGCCUUCAAAAUCCCUACAGUCGUCCGCCACUCACAUGAAUCAGGUUGGCUCGUCCCCGCCUCUCGCAACAUCCGGGGCUGCAGGACCAGCAGCGCCAGGAGCAGCUCACUCGACGUCCUUCCUCUAUUCGGUACGAUCACCGAUGCAAGUAUACCCAAUAGCCCUUCUGGAGGUAGAGUUUGUGCCGAACGAACCCGAAGUGCCAGGCUUUACCUGUAUGCCAUUUCUUUUUCUGGUCGCGCAUGGAAAUUACUUGAUCUUGAUGGUGUGCCUUAGACUUUGA